UGAUUAGGGAAUAACCCGAGCGACACGUCGCAAACUCUCCAUAAUCAAGGAGACCUUUUCUCCAGGCGGUGAUCUCCAAAAUUGCUCAGUGAGCACCCCUAAUUAACCUGAUUUUUUGCUGAUAAUCAUUCACAAUGGAAUCAAAUCACAAAUCCAGGGAUGGAUUGACCGGCACACAGAAAGAAGCCGCCCUCCGCGCCUUAAUUCAGCGAACGGGAUAUAAUUUGAUCCAGGAAAAUGGGCAGAGGAAAUAUGGAGGCCCCCCCCCUGGCUGGGACAGCCCCCCACCUGAGAGGGGGUGUGAGAUCUUUAUUGGGAAACUGCCCCGAGACCUCUUUGAAGAUGAACUUAUACCUCUGUGUGAAAAAAUUGGCAAAAUCUAUGAAAUGAGAAUGAUGAUGGACUUUAAUGGCAACAACAGGGGCUAUGCCUUUGUCACCUUCUCCAAUAAACAGGAGGCAAAGAAUGCAAUCAAGCAACUUAAUAAUUAUGAAAUCAGGAAUGGGCGCCUCCUCGGAGUCUGUGCCAGCGUGGACAACUGCCGCCUGUUUGUAGGAGGGAUCCCCAAAACAAAGAAGAGGGAGGAAAUUUUAGCAGAGAUGAAGAAAGUCACGGAUGGGGUUGUGGACAUCAUUGUCUACCCUAGUGCAGCUGAUAAAACCAAAAACAGGGGCUUUGCUUUUGUGGAAUAUGAAAGUCACCGGGCAGCAGCAAUGGCCAGGAGAAAACUGCUCCCAGGAAGGAUCCAGUUGUGGGGACACCCUAUUGCUGUUGACUGGGCAGAACCAGAGGUGGAGGUGGAUGAGGACACGAUGUCAUCCGUGAAGAUUCUCUAUGUGAGGAACCUCAUGCUGUCAACCACAGAAGAGACCAUAGAAAAGGAGUUCAACAACAUCAAACCAGGUGCAGUGGAGAGAGUGAAGAAGAUCAGAGACUAUGCCUUUGUACAUUUCAAUAAACGAGAAGAUGCAGUUGAAGCUAUGAAAGCCUUGAAUGGGAAGGUGCUGGAUGGGUCCCCGAUAGAGGUGACAUUAGCCAAACCCGUCGACAAAGACAGCUACGUCAGAUACACCCGGGGCACAGGAGGCAGAAGCACCAUGCUGCAAGGAGAAUACACCUACGCCUUUGGACAGGUCUAUGAUCCUGCCACAGCCUACCUGGGGGCCCCAGUUUUCUAUGCACCUCAAGCCUACGCGGCCAUCCCCAGCCUCCACUUCCCCGCCACAAAGGGGCUGAGCAACAGGAGCUUCAUCCGGCCUCCAUCCGUCAGAGAAAUUUACAUGAAUGUACCUGUAGGGGCUGCGGGAGUUAGAGGACUGGGAGGUCGUGGCUACCUGGCGUACCCGGGCCUGGGGCACGGAUACCAGCUCAAAGGAGAAAAGAGGGGAGAGGAUAAACUCUAUGACCUCUUGCCAGGAAUGGAGCUCACACCGAUGAACCACGUCACACUAAAGCCUCAAGGGAUCAAACUUGCUCCUCAGAUCUUAGAAGAAAUCUGCCAGAAAAACAACUGGGGACAGCCUGUUUACCAGCUCCAUUCUGCAAUUGGCCAAGACCAAAGGCAGCUCUUCCUCUAUAAAAUCACCAUCCCUGCCCUUGCCAACCAGAACCCCACCAUCCAUCCCUUCACACCACCCAAGCUCAGUGCCUACAUCGAUGAAGCCAAAACCUAUGCUGCUGAAUACACCCUCCAGACACUGGGGAUCCCCACAGAGGGAGCAGAAGUGCCUCCUGCAGCACCAGCUUUUCCAGGAUACACCAUUGCUAAUGCAGCUGCCACUGUCACAGCUGCUCAGCUCAAACAAGCAGUGACAAUGGGACAGGAUCUGGCCACGUACACAGCAUACGAAGCCUACCCGGCUUUUGCAGUUGCUGCACGCAGUGAUGGUUACGGAGCAUUUUAAUCCUGCCUUUAAGUAAGUUCCCUUAAAUCAAGCACAGGCAGGGAAAAAAAAAGAAAACUCAGUCUGGUAAUUCUUACACUUUCAUGAUAAGCUGUCACCUACAGUUAGCUUUUAGUCAGAGUUUCAUUCUUUUAGUUUUUUUAGUUUCACAACAGGAUGUUGGGGAGGGAAAGGAGAAAUAAA